GGCUACUCCCGCAUCAUCCUCGCCUUCGCCUCCCUCUACUACAUGUCCCUCCACCCCCGCACCUGUUGCAUCCUCUACUCUGUCUCUUGCGCCCUCGACGCCCUCGACGGCUACGCCGCGCGGUACUUCGACCAAUCGACGCGGUUCGGCGCGGUGUUGGACAUGGUGACGGACCGCUGCACAACCGCGUGUCUGAUGGUGUUCCUCGCCUCGGCGUUCCCGCGAUACAGCAUCAUCUUCCAGGGGCUGAUCAGCUUGGAUCUGGCGAGCCACUACAUGCAUAUGUAUGCGACGUUGGCGAUGGGGGAGCAGGGACAGAGUCAUAAGAACGUGGACGAGGGGCGGAGUUGGAUUUUGAAGAUGUAUUAUUCGAAUAAUAAAGUCCUCUUCACCUUCUGCGCCCUCAACGAACUCUUCUUCAUCGCCCUCUACCUCCUCUCCUUCUCCUCUCCGCUCAUCUCCCCGCACCUCCUCCCCACCACCCCGUCCACCCCCGCGGCGGCCCCCCCGCCCAAACCCUCCAUCUUCCCCUCUCCCUGGUCCGCGGGCGCGAUGGAGCUGGCGCGCGCAAACAAGAUGGACAGCACGAUCCCGUGGAUCCUGGUCACGGUCAGCGCGCCCGUGAUGGCGGGGAAGCAGCUGAUUCAUCUGGUGCAGUUGGUGAAGGCGAGUCGGUGGUUGGCGGAGGGGGAUGUGGUGGCGAGGAGAGAGAAGAGGGCAAGGGGAAAGAAGAAGGAUUAG